AUGUCUAAGAAGAAAGGCAGAGGAAAUGAAAAACAUUUUCAUUUUAUUCUCAACAAUUUGUUUUACAGGAAUGAAAACAGGAAUAAUGCGAAAAACUCUUCGAAAUUCAAGGAGUUGCGCAUGAACAUGUUAGGAGUAAAGUAUGGAGUAAUGGGAAUUAAAGUGAAUUAUCAACACAUGAAAAAUGAUAUAAAAAAAGUUUAA